GUGUGUGUGUGUGUGUGUGUGUGUGUUUUUGAGCCGGAAGUGAAGUAUGGGAGCAGCUUUCAGUGUGACCCGUGAGACUAAUGUGCGUGAUUCACCACAAACUCCAGGAAAAAUGUACUCAGUUUGCAAGUCUUAAUGCCAAGCGCGCGUCAUCUGCAGGAACGACUUCUGUAAAUUAAAUGGUCCUCACAGGCAGAUUAUUCACGAGGGAUCCAUGUAACUGCCUCCUGGAGUCAGAACACAUUUUGUUGUUUACCCAUGGCUUAAUUUUAAAGUGAAGCUGUGGAAAGGCCUGUGAAAGGUCUAUGUGACUGGUGAAACAUGCCCUUACCGUUUGGAUUAAAGCUUAAGAGGACACGAAGAUAUACUGUCUCCAGCAAGAGCUGCCUCGUCACACGCAUACAGCUGCUUAAUGGUGAAUUUGUUGAGUUUACACUUUCUGUGGAGAGCACAGGCCAGGAAUGUUUGGAAGCAGUUGCUCAGAGACUCGAGUUACGAGAGAUAAUGUAUUUCAGUCUCUGGUACUUCAACAAACAAAACCAGCAGCGAUGGAUUGAUUUAGAAAAGCCUCUGAAGAAACAGCUGGACAAGUAUGGACAGGAACCCACUGUUUACUUUGGAGUCAUAUUCUAUGUGCCAACAGUUUCCCAGCUACAACAAGAGAUAACUAGAUACCAGUAUUACCUCCAGCUGAAGAAAGAUGUUUUGGAGGGCAGGAUUCCAUGUUCAAUUGAACAAGCCAUCCGCUUAGCUGGCCUGGCAGUACAAGCUGACUUUGGAGACUUCAACCGCUAUGACUCACAGGAAUUUCUUCAAAAAUUUGUUCUUUUCCCUAUGGAAUGGAUUCAAGAUGAGAGGGUUGUUGAAGAAGCCACUCAAAAAGUUGCCCUGCUUUAUCAAAGCUACCGAGGUAUGCCAGUACAAGAAGCUGAAUUGUUGUACAUGCAAGAAGUUGAGAAGAUGGAGGGCUAUGGUCAAGAAAGUUUUCAAGCAAAGGACAGCCAGGGUGCAGAUAUACUCAUUGGAUCCUGUCUGGAUGGGAUUUUUGUUAAGCACAAAAAUGGGCGAGCAUCACUUCUAUUUCGAUGGAAUGACAUUAACAACAUGACUCACAACAAGUCUUUUUUUGCCCUGGAGCUGGCCAACAAAGAAGACACCAUUCAGUUUCAGACUGAAGACAUGGAGACUUCCAAAUAUGUCUGCAGAAUGUGUCUGGCUCGACACAGGUUCUACAAGAUCAACAAAAGUACUCUAGAGGAAUCUGAAGCUCCACCUUCUGAAAGCUCCCAGAAGUCCAUUCUCACUCUAUCAUUUCCACGCUUUCCAAUGCUCUCUCGUCCCUCUCUGCCUUCUAACAAGGGCCAAGCUGAACCAGCGCCAGUGAACCCAGUUAGACGGCGCUCCUCCACAAGAAUUUCAAUGCCCAAACCUCAGACAUACAUGAUGCCACCACCUCAGUUGCACUACAGUAGCCAUUACCGGGAGCCUUACAAAUCCUCUCAAGACAAUCUUUACAUGAACAAUCACAACGGUUACUACUACCACUCUCAGACCAGUCUAGACCGUUCACCACAUGAGUAUAACGGAAGAAUCCGAAAUGGCAGUGUGUACAGCGCCCACAGCACCAGCUCCCUCACCAACCCACAACACUAUAUGCAGCCAUCACCAAUGUCCUCAAAUCCAAGCAUCACUGGCAGUGACGUCACACGGCCUGACUAUGUGCCCUCUCAACGUCACAGUGUCCUGAUCCCACCCUCUUAUCGUGCCACACCCGACUACGAAAGCGUCAUGCGCCAAAAAAACCACAGUGCCAUGGUAGCCAUGCCUGAGCGUCACAGCCACUCUAUGAGGAACCUCAACAUUGGCAACUCUUAUGCCUAUAGCCGACCUGAUCCACUUGUGUACAGCCAGCCUGAGAUUCGUGAGCACAGAGGAACAGCAGCUCAGUAUCACCUCCACUACAGCUUUCACAGCCCAUCGCCAUACCCAUACCCAGGCGAGAGGAGGCCGGUGGUGGGUGCUGUCAGCGUGCCUGAGCUCACUGACGUGCAGCUGGCGCAGGCCCAUGCUUACCCGGCACCCAACAUCAUGGGGGCUCAGGUGUAUCGACCACCUCCACCUUACCCUUACAGCCGCCCGCGGCCGGCCAACAGCACACCAGACCUGUCACGUCACCUUCAUGCGAGCAGCAGCAGCCCUGACCUUAUCACACGCCGUGUACACCACUCAGUGCAGACUUUUCAGGAAGAUAGCCUGCCUGUGGCACACUCACUACAAGAAAUGAGUGAGCCACUCAUCCCCACCGUGACACGACGUCCUUACCCACACAAGCGGAACUCUAUUGAGCUUGCUGGCCUGACGUAUGGUCUGGAAACCAUGAGGUUGAAGGAGAGGACCGUUUCCGUUUCUGCCUCCGAGAUGUCGUCCAAGCUCACUCCACCUAUUGCUCUCCCUGCUUCUGCUUCUACCUCUGAGCUUGACGUCUUCCAGGAGAGAACUGAGGCUGAGGACAUGGUUCUAAAAGAGGAUGUGCAUUAUGGGCACAAAAAAUCCCUAUCUGAUGCAACCAUGCUGGUCCACAGUAGUGGAGAGGAAGAGGAGUUUGAGGAUGACAGCGGCCGACACACCCCCCAGUCUCAGGAUGCAAUAGCAGCUUCCAAGGAACAUAUCAAUGUUCUGGACAUCCCUCUAAUGGAGACACCUCUGCCUGCCUAUCCUUUCAGCUCCAGUCUGGAUCAGGUUAUCCCAAACCCUCUGGGAUUUCAACCUCAGCCUCGUAUCCGGGAGCAGGAUGAGACAGGAUCUCUGUACCCAUUUAGUGAGACAGAUGCCAUCAUGCCUUCAGUUUCAGAGGGGGAUCUGAGCAACCAAAGUCGAUGGAAACCUAAAAGAGAAAUGAUUAAAAAAAGACCAGUCUCUGAUGUGCCUUCUGCACGAAGAAACAUUGAUGGCCUUCCCCCUCCUGGCAUGAAGAAAAGCGUCCGUUCAGAGAUAAAGAAGACGGGUCCGCUGAAGCUGGCGACUCUCAAUGGCUUGACACUUGCCCGAAUGCCAGUACCCGAUGAGGCCAAAGACGAGCAUGGGAAAGCUUCUAAUGAUGACAGGUGUAAGCUACUGGAGCAACACUUGGAGCAGGGCCUGGUGUUUACAGAAUAUGAGCAAAUACCAAAGAAAUGGCCCAGCAGUGAGUGCAGUAUUGCGCAGCUUCCAGAGAACGCAGAGCGAAACCGCUUUCAGGAUGUGCUGCCUUACGAUGACACACGGGUGGAGCUUGUGCCCACUAAAGAGAACAAUACAGGAUAUAUCAAUGCCUCACAUAUCAAACUUACAAUAGGAGGAGAGGAGUGGAAUUAUAUUGCAGCUCAGGGUCCCCUCCCUAACACAUGUCAAGACUUCUGGCAGAUGGUUUGGGAACAAGGGGUUGCUAUUAUUGCAAUGGUUACUGCUGAAGAGGAGGGAGGACGAGAAAAGAGCUUCCGUUACUGGCCCCGUCUAGGCUCCCGCCACAACACUGUUACAUAUGGCCGCUUUAAGAUCACCACACGUUUUCGUACAGAUUCAGGUUGCUAUGCUACGACAGGCCUAAAGAUUAAACACCUACUGACAGGCCAGGAGCGAACUGUCUGGCACUUGCAAUACACAGAUUGGCCAGACCACAGCUGCCCUGAAGAUUUUAAAGGAUUUCUGGCAUAUUUGGAGGAGAUUCAGUCUGUGAGGCGGCAUACCAACAGCACCAGCGAUCCAAAGAACACAAACCCGCCCGUGCUUGUACACUGUAGUGCAGGGGUGGGGCGCAGCGGUGUGGUCAUUCUCUCUGAGAUCAUGGUCGCCUGUCUGGAACAUAAUGAGAUGCUGGACGUCCCUACUGUUCUGAGACUGCUGCGACAGCAACGCAUGAUGAUGGUGCACACAGUUCCCCAAUACACCUUCAUUUACAAAGUUCUAAUACAGUUUCUUAAAAACUCCAGACUUAUAUAAGCUCACAUUGUUGGCUAUGCUGCCACACGCCUGGACAAUGUUUUUGUUAUAACUGGAACAGAUCAUUAGGUCUCUCAGGAUUUUGCAGAGUGUGAAAGGGCAGUGUGCUGAAGGGAGACUGAGAUGGACUGCAGUCACCUUACUUCCACUCCAUGAGCACUUUCUCUGAGUAUUAGUGACGGAGCUAGGGCAGGUAUGAAGGAUGCUGCAAACCAGCAUAUACAUUCUCAUUAAUCAGUAUUAUUCAGAUAUUUCACUGUGGAGUUUUAAACUAUACUAUUGCUACUAAUGAAUCUCAGCACUUUUAUUUUACUACAUUGAGCAAGUGACACUAAUGCUGCAUCUUUAUUGUUAAAUGUAUAACAAUAUUGAUUGCUUUUUUUUUUUAUGUUUUCUUUUUUCUUAAUGCCUAUCUUGGUGGAUAGUUGAAGGUUUACUGAGUUGAAAUGAAAAUUAUGGUCCCAGUGUUUAAAGUGUGCAAGUUUAAGGGUGAAAAAUGAAGGAAUCUUUUGUGUAUUGUAGGAUGGCUAUAUUCGUCAUCUUAAAAAUCUUAACAUUUAAAUAUGUACUCAAAAUGAAGGAUAAUAACUAAAGCUAUAUGGCUCUGCACUCUCACUUGAGGUUUGCUUUUAUGUAUGCAGUGCUUCACAUGUAAUGAAGUAUUGUGUUUUGCUUAUGCAUUACACACAUUGCAUAGCUGUUAUGUGAUUCAUAGGUAAGGUUUCAACCAAAGACAAGUGGAAAUGUUUAUAUGUGUAUAUAUGCUGAUUGUAUACGCAAGUAUUAUAAAAUAAUUUAUAAUGUUUCCUCUCCCAUGUGUGUCAGUAAGGAUUUAUUAAACCCAAGUCUCGGUUUUUAAUGCAACUAUUAUAGGAUUUUAAAACUAAUAACCAAAGAGGUGUCAGACAUGAUUUUUGGGUUGUAUGAAGAUUAACAAAGCUUUUGUUUUUGUUUGUUGUUUAUAUCCUAGUUCCUUAUCCAAACAACAAAUGAUAAUGUACCAAAGAAGCUGCAUUUAUCUAGCUUAGUAUGUUACAGAUGUUUUUAAACCAUGUACAUUUUAAGCUCUGAUAGAAGACACAGAAUAGUGAAAUUGAGGUCAUUUGCCAUGUUAGUUUAACCCAUGUGUGUACAUACAGUGGAAGCUUUUACCGUUCUUGCCAAGUUUGGAGAUCAGCAAGUGAGGCAAGUGAUCGCAGCCUUCUCGUCUAUUACCUACAUUUCACCACAAAACCGAUAAGUGGUUAAAGCACAAAUCAUAACUUUGUCUACAAUUUGAGUCAAGACAAGGACUUGCCUGAAUCUGUUGAAUCAGGAAUUACAAGCCUCAACAAGCUUCACUGAAAAGAACAUCAGAAGCGAGACUCCAAAACCAUCACAUUUCUGCUGUUUUCACACAUUGUUUAAAAUGCGAGUGCUACUGCAUACAGCAUCUCGUGCAUGAAAUUGGAUUGGCUUUGGAUCACAAGUGCAUGCAAGUUAAAUUAGUCAUCAUUAGUCUAAAACAGUUUGGUGUCCGUCUGGCUCCAGAAUACAUUUGACUCGGAGUUGUGCCAAACAAUUAUUGCAAAAUUGAAACCUUUCAUAUUGUCAAGCCUGUAUUAAGUCACAGGGAGAGUUGGAUUUAGAUUAGGGGUAGCAAUUGGGUGAAGGUAAUGGGAAUUCCUAUUUCUGUUGAAAUCCGUAGUUUUUCCACAAAUAACAUCAAGAUAAAUUGAAGGUUUUUUCUUACUUAGGAAUAGGGGGGAAAAAAUAUGUUGACUUAACAGUGAUUGCAAUGAUUUUGCAGUGCAAUGAUUUUGAUGAUGCAGUGAUUUUGCAACAUUUUGAUGAAUCUGAAUGAUAUAUAUAUUAUAUAUCAUCAGCACUGCAGUGAGAUCGUUUUUGACUCAACAUAUUACCUCAGUCAAAUGGUUUGUUUAUUAUUGAGAUGAGGGCUUGUGAGGCUUGUAUGUAGUAUUUCAGCAGCAGAAAUGGUGCUAAAGCUCCAAAAAACUUGAGGGUAUCCCAGCAAUUUUGACAACUAUUUUUGCUAUUUUUAAUCAUUACAACAGAUAUGUAUUUGAAUACAAAUAGGCUACUCUUUGAAUGUGUCGUGUGUUUACAGUCUCAUUUACUCUGCUUUUUUCCCCCCUAAAAUGGCAGAUAAUUUUUCAUUUAUCAGAGAGCUAAAUGAGCAUACCCUAAAUGCUGAAAUUCUGUACCCUUUGUUUUGCAUAUCUAUUAUGUUUAAAGGUGGCUUUGUCCAUUUAUUAUAGACUUGAAUUUAUGUGAUCAGGAUUGGUUUGGUUUCAUCAUCCCUACCAUAGAUUUAAGGGUUUCAAAGUAGUUAUGAGACAUUAUCUACACCAUUACUAUUUAUAUCAUAGAAUUACUUGCGGCUUGCUCUUUUGCACAUCGACACCUAAUAUACACAGCUCUGCUAAAAUUCUUAGGAAAAAUGAGAAUAUUACAAAACUGUCCUGUUAUUGUCUGCAGUCUAUACUUGUUGGAUUUGGUGAAGAGCAUCUUACUGACAUGUUUUAAAUAUUAAGAAUCUCUGAAUUGAAAUAGAAGACCAGAUUGCCUACAAAUUUGUGCUUUGUUUUUUUCCGAAUGUAAAAU